GUAUAUACAGGACUUGAGUAAAAAUGGAAUUUGUGGUAUGGUGUUGGGCAGUGGUGGUGUGUGGCCUUCAUGUGAGUGCUGGGGUACAUGGCAGGGAGAUUGGUGGUACCCCUAGGGUUGAGAUCCCAACCCUGGGCAAGAUGUUGGGCACCAAGGAGCUCAGUGGAACUGGCAGCAACCCUUACACUGCCUUCAGGGGCAUUCCAUAUGCACAUCCCCCUGUAGGAAACAACAGAUUCAAGCCUCCAGAGAUUCACUAUGCGUGGCCAGGGAUACUCAAUGCUUCUUCCUAUGGACCUGAUUGCAUGCAGCCUUCAAAAAUCAGAGGAACAUCUGAAGAUUGCUUGACUUUGAAUGUAUUUGUUCCCAGACAAGUCACACAGGGUUCCCAACUCCCAGUCUUCGUGUUUGUCAGAGGAGGAGGAUUCAUGAAUGGAGGCGGGUCCAUCGAACCUGACAACCUCAUGGACAGAGGGGACAUUGUUCUGGUCACCCUCAACUUCCGGCUUGGCCCAUUCGGGUUGUUUACAAGAGCCAUGUCAAUGAGUGGCUCUGCUUUGGCACCAUGGGCCCUCAGGAGAAAUCCUAGAGCGGAUGCAUUAUACCUAGGAUCAAGUUUGGGAUGCAAUGAUCCAAAUCCAAAGGCACUUGUAGCAUGCCUGAAGGAACAACCUGCUGAAGAAAUCAUUAAAGUUCAAAAGAAAAUGACUGGAUCCAGUGGAUCAGCAUUCCAUUUUGUACCAGUGGUAGACAAGCAUGUGCUACCUGACACACCUGAAAUACUCAUCAGCAAAAGGAAAGUACAGCCUGUGCCUUGGCUCACUGGCAGAGUCAGGGAUGAAGGACUCAUGGGAUUCACUGAGGAAAUUCUGUUCAGUCCUGAGAACUUGAAGAAAGUGGAUGCAAACUGGAUUAGCUAUUGCCCAAGUUUGCUGGAAUUCCAAGAAUUAGAUUCUGAGAGGGCUGCCAAAAGGUGUGCUGCCAUCAGAGAAUUUUACUUCAGGGAAAGACCAAUUGACUAUGACUCAACCUAUGACUUCCUAGAGAUGAUUGGAGACAGAUGGUUUGAAUUGCCAUAUGCCUUUAGCAUCACGUUCCACUCCAUGAUUGCGACCACUUUUGGAUACAAGUUUAAUUACCAAGGAUCAUUUGCCCCUAUAAACACCCUCUAUGUGAAGGCAGUUGGGAUGGGUCAGAAGUCCAUCAUUGGAGCUGUUGCACAUGGUGAUGACAUGCAGUUCCUCUUCUACAAUGAAAAGAAGACUCAUCACAGAGAUGCUGCUGUGGCCAAGGCAUUCACUGACAUGGUGGAGAGCUUUGUUGUGUAUGGAGAACCAAAAUAUGUGGGAACAGCCAAUGGAAAAGGAGGAUAUUCCAUGAAGUGGAGACCCUAUGAUGCCAUCUCAGGAGACUUUGUGCAUCAAUUGGUGGAUUAUCCAGUGAGGUUAGAGACUGCAGAGGAGAUCACCAACAAGAUCCACUUUUGGGAGGAUGUACUCACUGACAAGUUCAGCCAUCCAAGUAAAGCUGGAAUCCAAAUGACAGAGCACAUCAGUGUAAAGUCUGCACCAACAGGUGCACCUGACAACUCUGCUGCUCUGCCUGCAGCUGCACAUAGCUUCCAAAACUAUUCAUCAAUUGAACAAUAAGCAAAUCAAGUAGUCCUUCACCACAAUUUCAAUACAUUCUCUUCCAGAUGUGAUGGCAAACCUCUUUCUAAACAACAGCUGAAUUGGAAGUACAAAUAAUGCGUUAUUGCAACAACAAAAAAUGCUGAAAACCCUCCAAGUGGAGUUUUAAUAUGGAUCUUUCUUGUAAGCUGGAUUGUCAUAAACUGCUGGUUCUGUGUCAGCAGCCUUGGGAUUGUUCCAAGUUUGUUCUUCUCCACUGCCAAAGAGGAGGUACUCAAUGGCAUCAAAAAGCAUAACUGCAGCACAAAUCCAGAAAACUGUUCUCCAAGCACUUAUUGUUUGCUGAAAGGAAAAAAAUCAUGCAAUAGGUCUUUUGGAGUGAAUCAGGAAUGCAUACAAAAAGAAUGCAGUACAUUAUCUUUUGUGAUUGACCCAGCAAGCAGUGGUGCAGUCCAUGAAGUUACAGUAGCAGCAGAAUUUGUUAACCCCAGCAGUGAUCCUGGAAUUAAACAUUGUCCAACAAUUGAGA